ACUAUCGGCUUUUAUGUUAUCCUUUUCUCCUUUCCCAUUUUACUGGCUUCCAAAUUAUUGGGAAUUUAAGUUGUAUUACUGUGCCCAUUCAGUGUAGGACAGUUAAGCUGAAACUACCAAUUAAUCGAAUACAUGUUCAUCACCUUUUUUAAUUUUCCUUUGAUACGAUGCGAGUGAGGUGUAAUGAACCGUUUCUCAGUUAGCAUGAUUCUUCAGUUAUUUGGCAUCGUUGCAGGAAGCUGUUAGGGACUUGGAUCCCCUUUGUUUGCUCGAAUGGAAUGGAUUAAAAAACAUAAAAAUAAAAUAAAAUAAAAUAAAAAUCUGGAGGAAGAUGGGUAAAGCAUAUUCAUAAAGGGAAAGGAUAAUAUAGUUCAUCGGGUUGGUAGUUAUGAUUUACAAGGCUUUUGGAGGCUUACCAUAAGGGACAAGGGUAAUGUAGUUUAUUUUUGUUUUGAUUUUUUUAAUCUCUUUCAUUCAUAUCCUUUCUAAUAUCCAAACGGACUUUUGAGGAUUUGUGAUGGUCAAGGAGUGCUUGUUCAAUUAAUAUGGUUGGGUCAUGGGUGCUUCUUAAUUCUUGAACGCGCCAAUCGUUUAAUGUGCCGUGCGUGUGAUAGAAUUGCAGAGUACUAACGAUUUGAAAUUUAAGAGAUUGGAAAUUAGUUAAUUUUUUUAAAUACUAAGGGCUUUAAAUGCUGGAUAUUGUGCUUAGAUUGAUUAUUUCCAGAAAUAUUCUCAAACUUAAUUGUAGUUGUAUUUUCAUUCUGGCUUCAGCAAACAAACCAACUUUUCAUCUCCGAGGCUGAAAUAAAAUGUCAGGAGUAGGGGUUAUGAUGGAAGCUGAAUCCUGUGAUGCCAUGCCGCUCAAGCCUUUGGUUAAAGCCUCACUUCGCCUUGGUGAAGAAUCACAUUCUGUUCAGGCAGACAAUGGUUCUCUGUCGGAGCAAUUAGUUUCAUUGAAAGAGAAAAGCAUGGUUAUUUUGAAGGAAUUUAUAACGAAGCAUAAUGCUCCUCAAGACGUGCCUGAUGAUUUAGUUGAAACUUCAGAAGAAGAUGACGACGAUGUUCCUGAGAAGCCGAGCAUCAAGUCUAAGAAGACUAAAUUGACAUAGCCUAUUCCUCUAGAAUCUUCAAGAAGAUUCUUCUGAAAUACUUGGUAAGGGAAAAUGCAUUGAUGCAAGCUCUCCGAGGGAAAAUAUGUAAAUUUAGGGAUUGAUUACACUUUGGGCAAAUAUUCCAGAAAGAAUUUACUGUUUGGAUUCGGUUAGGAAGCCGUUGGGGCUUGCAUUGUUUUACUUGUUAUUGACUGUUUGGAGCAUCCUUGUAUUUGAUAUACAAUGUUUUGUACAACCAUUGUUACUGUUAGUUUAACAUGGAUAGUCAUCUCAGAUUCGAUUA